AUGUCGAACAAGGACCUGCAAGAGGCCAUCGCAAGGGCCAUAGCGGCAAAGCGAGCACGAAAAAAAGCCAACGCCGGAAAAGGCAAAGGCAAAGGGAAGGGUAAGAACAACAAGAAGAAUCAGAAAAAUAUCUCCGUUGAUUUCCGGGUAGAUGACUGGCAGCACCUCCCAGCAGAUGCCUUCGAUGCCACGAAAGAGAUCUACGGACAUUGCAUCUGCAUCCAGGGUUCGCAGCUUUGGAGCAUCGGCGGUACACGCGAGGGUCAGCAGGGCCGACACAUUUCUCUUUUGCGGAUGGAUCUGCACACGAAGUGCUGGAAUGAUUUGACCCCUCCAUAUCCUCCUCCAGAUCCUGCGGAAGAGGUUCCGAGCUGGAGGUGGGGUCACUCAUCAGUUCUGGUGCCGACGGAGCACCCUCCCAAGCCUGAUAGCCAGGAGAACUAUCUUAUGAUAUGUGGAGGCUUCGACAAAGAAACCAACAUGAAUGACGUAUGGUUCUUCAACACGGGCACUGGCAAGUUCUUCACAACCUCCAACGACGAAGAAGGCGUUGUGCCUGUAGUUGGGGCCUACCAUGCCUUAGCCUACGAUGCUGCCACCGAUUACACCUACCUAUUCGGAGGCCAGAAGUGCAUCCGCGGAGCGUAUGAGUACUAUGACAGCCUUUAUCGGUACAGCAUGCAUAGCAAUUUUUGGAGCCCUCUAGACACCCGGGGCUCCAGGCCACCUCCAAGGGGGCAGGCUGCUGCAGCCAUCUCCAAGAGAGUGCUUGUGGUACAUGGAGGCAGCAACCGAUACAAGCUCUUGCGGGACGUUUGGAUCCUGAAGUUGGACACCAGCGCACUGCACUGGUCUGAAGUCAAGAUCCAACCGGGCCCUUCCAUGUGGAUCGGACACAAGCAGAAGGCCAUGCCCUACCACAUAGCCCCUUGCCGGCCUUUCCUGGCUACUGCAGAGAAUGGGGUACUUGUCUUGGGCCGCGGGAAGCCGAAGGGUCAGCACCCAGGCCCCCUCUCUUUGUGGGCCUUGAGCUUGUGGCAACGUCGCUGGAGACGCGUGCCCGUACAGAUGGCGCCCGACUGGUCCGGCAAUUUCGCGGCAGCUUUCAACGAAGGUGGCAAAGGGAGCACGCUGCUGGUCUUCGGCGGGCAGCGCAUGGGCACCGUUUCCUCGGUUGGGAUGCAGCUGUCCCAGGGUGGCCUUUGGUCCAUUGACCUCGCUGCCCGACCCAGCAAGCUUUUGCGACUCACUUUGCAGAAGGCCUUUGGCAGCAACAGCCCCGCACCUCGCAAGCUUUCAGAAGACGUGCUGAAGACCAUCUUCAGCUUUGCAAUGGGGCGACUGAUGGACGUGAUCGAGCUGAUAUGA